UCUUUUCGGCCGAACAAGUCAAAACUUCGGUUAGAGGGUUUUAACUUUUGGUUUGGGGGUCCGGUUGAUUUUAAUGUUCCGUUUGAGGCAAUUUUGAGAAUUUGUUACAAAUGGACAUUGUUGUUUGAAAAAAUUGAAAAUGUGCUUAUUGGAAUUCAAUCCAACUACGGAGAUUACUUGACCAAUAUCGGCAAGGAAAGUGAACUAGAUAUGUCUAAAUUUGUAGAAUUCAACCCUGAUAAUGAAAUUAGCCGUUUCGCAACUGCUGCUGCUUCUUAUGACUUUAAAUUUACCGCUAAUCCAACUUCAGCUAAAAAAUCUCAAAGAUCAAGAAUGUUUUCCUUAACUUCUUCACCAGGCAAAGAUAAUUCUUCCAGAAGAAGAAGUACUUUUGGCAAUUUGGGACACAGAUUAACAUCUGGAUCUACAAAUUCAGCCAAUGAUUUGAUGAAUGACGAAUUUUCAGAUUCAACAAAUAACAUUUCCUUGAAAUCAAAGAAGCAACCUGGUAAGUUGAAAUCCACAGUUGGCUCAAUCUUUGGAAGAAAUAAAUUGAAGAAUAAAAAGAACCAAUCAAGCACCAAAUUAGAUGAUGAUUCAUUCGAUGAAGCAUUAGAAACACCUCAAAGACCAUUGUCUAGAAGCGGCCGUCGUGCUACCACCGAUUCCAUCAAACCAGAAUUAUUCAAUAGAAGUAGUGGUCUAAGUUCUGAUAAUCUGAGAAGAACAGAAAAACGUGAUACAAUGACUUCACAACUUUCUCGUGGCUCAAGCGCACAGGGAAUUUCUGACCCAUUUUACAGUACAACAUCUCCAAAUAUUAAUCAACCUUUAUCAACACCUGCUUCUCCUUCUCAGGUUAUGCCACCAAUGAGAAGUGCUACCACUUCUUCCUCAUAUGCCCCAAUGUCAAUGGUGCAAGCACCAUUGCAACCUAAGCCUAGACAAACAUUAACAAACUCUUCUCUGGGCCAAGUAAAUGCAAUUUCAAGUAUUCCAAAUACCAAUUAUAUUAGGGGAACAACUCCUACACUUCCACCAGCUAGAAAGGAUGCCGUUGGAAACUCCUUGUUACCUCCAACAACAUAUCAACAACCUGUCACUUUAGCAAACAAUUUGCAAACCCAAAUAACUGGUGAAUUAAAGACAUUAGAACCUCAAUCUGUUGACCAACAUAAUGCUGUUACUGGUCAAUCACAAUUUCAACACUCUUCAUUAGAAAAUGCUGUAUUUGGUUUAAAUGCUAGUGUUGCUGAGGUAAUAAAUGCGACAUAUAAAGAUGGUUUACCUAUUGAAGCUAAUUUGGUUGGUGAAGUCGCAUUAACCUAUAUAGGAAACCAAGCUGUCAGCGCCACACCUCCAAUUAGUAUUAACUUAAAAGUUAACAAUGCUUCUAAGUUUGAAAAGGUGAUCUUAAACCAUUCAUUUCUGGAACGUGUAUCUGCUGAGGAAUUUAAACUAAAUCCACAAUUUAUCAAUUCCAGAACUUUAGGUGCCCUUAAAUAUUCCAUGAAAACAAUGGUGACCCCUGUUACUAUUCUCCCAGUUUGGAAUUAUGAACCUCACCAAGCUAGUGUAAUUCUUACAAUUAAAAUGUCUCCAACUGUUCCAACAAAUAUCCAACACCUUGUUUUGGAAGAUUUUAUUGUUUAUGUCUCCAUUGAUAAUGCCAAUGCGACAAGCGCACUAUCUAAACCACAAGGUACCUUCAGCAAGGAAAAGAGAAGAAUCACCUGGAGAUUUAAUGAACCAUUAGUAUUGCCAAGAAACGGUGAACAAAGAUUAAUUGCUAGAUUCAUGACUGAUGGCAUUGCCAAAGAGGCACAUAACGGGGUUCAAGUGAAGUUUUCCGUCAAAGAUUCUUCUUCAAUACAGUUGGGUAGUGGUAUCUUAUUGCAAGAUCAAGAAAUGGAUGAAAACAAUCCAUUCGGAGGAGCAUGGAAACCUGUUAAUAGUACAAGAAUAUUGAAUGCAGGGACAUAUUGUAAUAGUGCUUUUUAA